AGUCGAAAGUCACCUCCCCAGCACCUGGGGGCGGGGGGGGGGGGCAACAAGCCGCGCCCAGUCUCCCCCACUUCGCUUAGCAACCAGGCCGCCCCCUCCCCCGCCAGGGGCUCCUGGGUAGCCCGGAGGAGAAGCGACUCCCCAUCCACCAGCAGCGUCACAGUGACGGGAAAAGGAGGAGGGAGGGAGGAAGUAGAGGCCAGUCGCUCAGGGAGACAGCAGCUGGAGCUGCAAUAGCCACAGCAUCAGUAUCAGCCCCCGCCCUCCCCUCCCUCUCCUCCUUUUCCUCCUUCUCCUCCUCCCUCUCCUGUUCUCCUCCUCCUCACCUCUUCUCCUCUCCUCUCUCCUCUCUCCACCCCUCGCUGGCCCCGCGACCCGGAAAGAUGGCAGCCGAGGGACUGCACGAGACCGAGACCCUGGCAUCUCUGAAGAGCGAGGCCGAGAGCCUGAAGAGCAAAUUGGAGGAGGAGCGGGCCAAGCUGCACGAUGUGGAGCUGCAUCAGGUAGCUGAACGAGUGGAGGCUCUGGGUCAGUUUGUGAUGAAGACGAGAAGAACACUCAAGGGCCAUGGGAACAAAGUCCUCUGCAUGGACUGGUGUAAAGAUAAAAGGAGGAUUGUGAGCUCUUCUCAGGAUGGGAAGGUGAUAGUGUGGGACUCCUUCACAACUAAUAAGGAACAUGCAGUGACUAUGCCCUGUACCUGGGUGAUGGCAUGUGCCUAUGCCCCAUCAGGAUGUGCCAUUGCUUGUGGUGGCUUGGACAAUAAGUGUUCUGUGUAUCCACUGACUUUUGACAAAAAUGAAAAUAUGGCUGCCAAAAAGAAGUCUGUCGCAAUGCACACCAACUACCUUUCAGCCUGCAGCUUCACCAACUCAGAUAUGCAGAUCUUGACUGCGAGUGGGGAUGGGACCUGUGCCCUGUGGGACGUGGAGAGUGGACAGCUUCUACAGAGCUUUCAUGGACAUGGAGCCGAUGUUCUCUGCCUGGAUUUGGCACCUUCAGAAACAGGAAACACCUUUGUGUCUGGGGGAUGUGAUAAAAAGGCCAUGGUCUGGGACAUGCGCUCUGGCCAAUGCAUCCAGUCAUUUGAAACACACGAAUCUGAUAUCAACAGUGUCAGAUAUUAUCCCAGCGGAGAUGCCUUUGCUUCUGGUUCAGAUGAUGCUACGUGUCGCUUGUAUGACCUCCGUGCUGACAGGGAGGUUGCAAUUUACUCCAAAGAGAGUAUUAUAUUUGGAGCAUCCAGUGUGGAUUUUUCACUCAGUGGUCGCUUGCUGUUUGCUGGUUACAAUGAUUAUACCAUCAAUGUCUGGGAUGUACUGAAAGGAUCAAGAGUAUCCAUUCUGUUUGGACAUGAAAACAGAGUUAGUACCUUACGUGUUUCCCCUGAUGGAACUGCUUUCUGCUCAGGAUCAUGGGACCAUACCCUGAGAGUCUGGGCUUAAUCUGUAGUAUGUCUCCUAACAAUGCAAGCUAAUAUAUCAGAUAAGCUAUGGAAUAUAAUUUGAAAUACUCACCUACAACUUCCUAUGCUGAGGAAACAUCUUGGUAGUUGAAACCCAUCAAAUGUCUCUGUAUGCUAUCCAAUAUUGAUAUUUAAAACCUGUUUACUAGAGAUUAUAAGCUUAUACUGUUUUGAUAGUAUCAUCUUAAAAUAUAAUGCUUUCUACUCUCAAUUUUAGCCACUUUUAAUUAGAAAUUAUUUAGACGACUAUAAAUUAAGCUUUUCUCUGAAAGCAUUUUAAGACCAAAUUUAUUAUUUAGCAUAUCCUAUAUAAUUUGCACCAAUUUAAUUCAUUUGCGAGCAUUUUUUUUAAAAAAUAUCAGCUAUUGAUUGUAUCUGGAGACAGCUUGACUUUUGAAAGCUUCCUGUGAAAAUUAUGGAUUUCAGGUAAAGAGUUAGAAAGAAUGGUUUGUGAUGGUAUGUGAUGCAGUGUUGUUGGAAGUUUAUCCUAAAAUGACCAUAUAGUAUCAAUUAUAAAGAGAAAAGUCUAGUGAUGAGGUCCUUCUUAUCAUUAAGAAUGGCCAAACACUCCUUUCUAAUUAUUUUUUUAUAAGAAACAGCUUCAAUAGUGUGAGCUGAAUUCAAUAAAGCACGGACAUGCAUAGGGAGGUAUGUGGCCCUUAUUUGAGGUGUUUGCCUCCACUUUCCGUUCUUCCUCUUCUAUGAGGGAUUUGAGAAAGCCUGAAUGCCCCUUCUUCAAAGUCACCUGUGGAUCUGUCGCAAGGAAAUAAAGAGAUUAGCUCAUGAGAAUUUUCAUCUAGUGCAAAAGUGUCAGCUCUACAUUUCUCUUCCUUGCAAAAGUAAAAAGCAUAUUAAAAAUACAUAUUAUUAAUAAACUCCAUAAAGCUCUAUGUCCAUAGGCAAUCUCCAGGAUAAAAAUGAAGUAUUCCAACCAGUUGAAUUUGAUGUAGUCAGUUGACCCCAAGCUUCCACACUUUAUCACACUUUCCAUAGCAAACACCAACUCAGGACACAAUUAAAAUUGUUUUAUCUUUAUCUAGAAAUCCUUCAUUGAUAACACAAAUAACCAGUCAGCAAAAUUUUAAAUGGAGCAAAGAAAUACUUAGUAAUAAACCAUGCUGUCCAUUGCAAUAAAAGUAAAGAAAGAAAUAGAACAAAAUAGUUCUACAAUUGUUCCAGGAGUUUCUUCACAUAGAUAUUGUUCAGGCACUCCCUGCUAGAUUCUCUUAAUCUAAUCAACA